AUGAACAGCAGUCAUUAUGAUGAUUUACAUGCUCUGGACAUCUCUUUUAAUGAAAGAAUCACGAGAAGUGCUGAAGAUAUCAAUGAUAAAAUUGCUGAAAAUAAUAAAGCUGUUCAGGAUUUAAUUAAUAAAGUCAAUAGCAGUCAGACAUCAAUAUUGAGUGAUAUUCUGGAUAAAGUUACAUCAAGCUUAAAACUUCAAAGUGCCACAAAAAUAUUAAACCAGCAAUCUGACGACAUAGCAGCCUUAACAUACCAAUUGAGCCAACUCCAAACCACAUUCAAAAAUCUAAAGGUUAACAACAACUCAAUAAAAAUCACCAAAUGUGACUCAAUCCACAUCCAAUACCUAAAUACAAUCCUCUUAAUCAUCAUCAUAACCUUCCAAGCAUUCUACUUCUCCUGCAAAUCCAGUACACAACCAAAAUCCAAAAAGUUUAAGUCAAAAUUCGUAACAACACCGCCCUCACUUGAGCCGAUUUACUAUAGAACAGCGACACAACUUGUUGAUGACUAUCCAAAACAAAAUAGACAUCAGACAAGUUAUGAAUCAUAUGAUGACAUUCAGAGCUGUGACUUUAUCUCGACUAAUCGCAAACAGAAUAAUUCAAAUGAAGUGACUAAGACUGUUCAGGCAGAUGUGGAACAUCAUGGAUUUUCGAAUGACAUUUAUGGAACGAUUACAGCGAGCAGUGAAGAUCUUUAUUCUGAAGUCAUUUCGCCAAAGAUUGUGGAGAGUAGACAGGAUGUAAAUGAUGGAUCUGAUAUCUAUGCUGUGGAACUAAAGAAUGUAAACAAUAUUUUUAACAAAACGAUAACCAAGAUCGAAGAAAACCUUCAAACUAUUGAAGACAAAUUAAAUAAAAGCCAAGAUAAUUUAAGAAUCUUGCAGAAUUCAACAAAGUUGGAAGUAAAUGCAUCGAUAAAGCAGUUGCAGCAAGAGAUUAAUCAGUCAAAGAAUACAAUCGCUCGAAUAGAAGACAAGAUUAAAGUCCAUGAAGUGAAUUCAGCCAACUUUAACAUCUUUAUGAACAAUAUUUUGAAUCAAAUUAAUCGAAUUAAUACAAAUGCAAUCAAUCAGAAGCUAGAACUGACUCAAUUGAUCAAGAAAAGCUCUGACGAAAUCAAAGCUGGAUCAAAGAUUGAAUUCAAAAAUACUGAAGAGAUUUGUUCUCAAAAGAUUGUUGAUCAUGGAAAAAACAUAACCAAACUAAUGAAGAAUGAGUUGAACAAUACACAAAUAAGUUUUACUAACAAGCUACAAUUAAUGUUAAACAGCUUUAACGAUAAAAUCUUAGAAAUCAAAAAAGACAAUGAAGCUUUUGCAGGAAGCUAUAGCAAGACUGCUGCCAAACUUACUACCUUAACGACUCAAUCUACAGAUUUAAUUAAAAAUGUUACAAAAAUUGAAAAUCAUUUAAGUCAGAUGGAAUUAAAACUGGAACAAGCUGCAACAAAUCAAAUGCCUGAAUAUGUAAAAAUUCUAAUCAUCUUCAACAUCAUCCUGAUAGUCCUCUUAAUAGUCACAAUCUCAUUUUUAAUCUACAAUCUAAAAUUUAAGAGUAUUUCCAAUACCUACAAUAAGAUUCAAAGAAACAACUCAAGCUGCCAUCAAUUCAACACAAUAUCGACUCAAGCUGCACUUUAUGAUCAAUUUAAUGAGCCUGUUUAUGCUUCAACAAAUCUUAAUGAUGAGCCAAUUUAUGAAGAAUAUGGAAAUCAUUCAUUGCAACUUUAUGAAGCUGCUGGUGAUUCAGCAAGCAGGACGCACCCAUCCAACAUCAAUAAUGAUUUUGCAUACGAAUCUUAUCAUCAACAAGCUGACAAAUCCCACAAUGAAAUUGAAAAUGAUCAAAUUUAUGAGUCUGGCGAUGAGUCAAUUUAUGAAGUUGCAGAACAAUUGGGAACAGCAAAGGCUGAGUCAGUAGCAGCAGUUGUUGAAUCAGACGAGGAUCUUUAUUCACAAAUUCCAAUGAAAAUGAACGAUGAAGGGGAAAAGGCCGAAGAAUCUGAAAUCUAUGCUGUUGUCAGGAAAUCUUAA